AUGGGCAAAAUAGCAGAAACAUUUGAGGCAUUAUUUGAUUUAGUAUUACGUGAUCAGUUCUUGAAUGCUUGUAACAGAGAUUUGACCUUGUUUCUAAAAGAGAGAACACCAAAGAGUAUACAGGAGAUGGCACACUUAGCAGACCAGUAUCGGGAGGCAAGAAUGACCAACGCUGCGACCCUCAGCAAUGUCAAAGGCAACGAAUUUCAACACCCAGUAAAGUUUCGUUCUGGAAAUCAUAAAGACUUUUCAGGUGAGAAGAAAAUACAAAAUUCAAAGAAGUCAUUUGUUCCAAAAUCGGAAAGACGUUGUUUUAAAUGGAAUAGAAUAGGGCACAUUGCAUCAGAAUGCAGAUCAAAACCGAAGAUAGGAGCUGUAACAACGCAAGGACAGAAGGAAAUCCAUGAUACUUCAGCUAGUACAGAGGAACAUGCAGCAGAGGUAACAUUUGUAAGCACAAUGCCAACAGACACUGGAACCAAUUCUUUGAAUCUUGACACAUCAACAAGAGUUUCAUCAUCAUGCUACCAACUGCAACACAACAUGCCAGUAACAGCAGGUUUUGUUGAAGGUAAGUCAGUUACGGUACUAAGAGACACAGGAUGCAGCGGCAUAGUGGUUCGAAGAAGUAAGAUUGAUGAAGCAAAUUUGAUUCAAGAUAAGUUUCAAACAUGUAUUUUGGCAGAUGGUUCAUCUAUUAGAGUACCAGUUGCUUCCGUCUUUGUUGACACGCCCUAUAUUACAGGAACAUUUGAAGCAUGGUGUAUGGAGAAGCCAGCCUACGAUCUUAUCAUCGGGAAUGUAGCUAAGGUACGAGCACCUGGAGAUCCUGAUCCUGAAUGGUCAGAGGCAAAUGCUGUUGAAACACGUCAACAAGCAAAGGUAAAAUUAAAACAGUAUCCUCAACUCAAAGUUCCAGAAAUACUUAAGGGAAACAUCACUCUAGACGAGAUUAAACUAGAACAACAGACCGAUGACUCACUGCAGAGAAUACGACAAUGGGCAAGUUCCGGACAAGUGGUUGACAAACGGACUGCAACAAUACGAUGGUUCAUGCUGAACGGAUUUGUAUAUCGUGAAUAUCAAACCAAGACUGAAUCAGGUAAGUCUUACAAACAGCUUGUAGUUCCAAGGAAAUUCAGGGAAAUUGUCAUGAGAUUGGCGCAUGAGUCAAUCAUGUCUGGUCAUUUGGCGAUAUCACGCACAUCGUCAAGAAUUCUUUCUGAAUUCUACUGGCCUGGACUACAGACUGAUGUCAAGAUGUUUUGUCGUUCUUGUGACAUCUGUCAAAGGACCAUACAAAAAGGUAAGGUUUCUAAGUACCCCCUUCAGAAGAUGCCACUUAUUGAUGUUCCUUUCAAGCGAGUUGCCGUAGACAUCGUCGGACCUAUGCAUCCAAUUACCGACAAAGGGAAUAGGUAUAUUCUUACUUUGGUCGAUUUUGCUACUAGAUACUCUGAAGCUGUACCACUGCCAUCCAUUGAAACGGAGAGAGUUGCCGAGGCGCUCAUAGACAUAUUUUCUAGAAUUGGAGUUCCCGAGGAAAUGUUGAGCGAUAUGGGUUCUCAAUUUACAUCAUCAAUUAUGAGAGAGGUAAGUCGGCUACUAUCGUUAAAUCAACUCACUACUACCCCUUACCACCCAAUGACAAACGGCUUGGUUGAGAGGUUUAAUGGAACCCUCAAACAAAUGUUAAAACGUAUGUGCUCCGAUCGUCCACGUGAUUGGGAUAAAUAUAUUAAUCCAGUAUUGUUUGCUUACAGGGAAGUGCCGCAAGAAAGUUUGGGCUUUUCGCCUUUUGACUUAGUAUAUGGAAGACAUGUAAGAGGGCCCAUGGGCAUUUUAAAAGAGCUUUGGACAAAAGAGAUAGACGAUGAUCAGGUAAAGUCUACUUAUCAGUAUGUGUUGGAUUUACGAGAGAGACUUGAGACAACGGCGGAGAUAGCCAGAGAAAACUUGGAGAAGGCCUCUCAACGACAGGCGAGGUUCUACAACAGGUCAACUAGAGCAAGGAGUAUGAAGGUAGGAGAUAAAGUUUUAGUAUUGCUACCCACAGAUUCAAAUAAGUUACUGAUGCAAUGGAAAGGACCUUUCAGCAUCAAGAAGAAGUUAAACAAAGUUGACUACCAGAUUGAAAUGAAAGGUAAAUUGAAGACGUUUCCUGUAAAUAUGCUUAAAAGGUACAUUGACAGGAAUGAUGAUUCAGGGGAACCAGAUCAAGAUGAUGAAGCUCUAGUCACAUCUGCUGUAAUUGACUGUGCUGCGGAGGAGGAAGUUGACGAGUAUGGCAUAGCGAGUGCUAGGAAUACCAAAGGUGUGGACAUCAACCCAGAGUUAUCACCUGAAGGACAGAAAAAAAGGUAA